CUGAGACCAUUCGUUUCCUUCGUUUUUCUGUGAUCGGGCUACAAUGUUGUGUACAUGUACGGCGAAUUAACAGGUUCAUUAAGUGCUCAACAAGUAAUCGAAUAUGUUUAUUAACGCACUUUCAUACUUUCUGAUAGUCAUUGUGGUGCUAAUAAUACCAAGUCACUCCGGUUAUAUAGAUGAUAUUUGCACCUUAGAUAGCAAUGGACAAGACGGAAAAUGUCUUUUGUUAAGAGACUGUCCAAAAGCAAUAGAAGACCUUACGCAAAGGCAAAUUUAUCCACAGCAAUGUGGCUAUCAGGGAACUCAACCAAUUGUCUGUUGUCCACAAGGCAGAGCACCUCCUACUGAGACUAGAACUACCACAACAACCACCACUAGUACAACCACUCCUCGAGCAAUCACCUCCACAACAUCAAAAGUUAUUAACAAAGCAAACGUGGUUGGGAUAAAAAGUCGCGAAAAAUGCCAGGAAUAUUCUAAAUAUGUUUAUGAAGAGCAACCUCCGCCUGUUCUGUUGCCAAACGCCAAGCCGAUAAAAGUGGAUAAAUGCGCAUCAAGAGCUGGUGAAUUAAUUGUUGGGGGUGAAAAGGCAAUUCCACGAGAAUUCCCGCACAUGGCACUGAUUGGUUUUGAUGCAGAUGGCGAGAAAGCGUGGCAAUGUGGAGGAACCUUAAUUAGUGAAUUGUUCGUUCUAACUGCUAGUCAUUGUUUAUUCUCAAAAGAACUCGGUGAACCCAAAUUUGUCCUAAUAGGUGACCUAAAUAUUAAUAGAACUGAUGAUGAUGCACGACCACAACUGUUCAACGUAAAAGAAAAGAUUUAUCACCCAAACUAUAGACCGCCAUCAUCUUACAACGAUAUAGCAUUAAUUAAGUUGGAUAAGCCGGCCAUUUUGAAUACAUACGUCAGACCUGCCUGUCUUUACACCGAUCCUGAAAUAAGAACAACAAAAGCCUUGGCAACUGGAUGGGGUAAAAUUGGUUUUACAAAGGCAACUAGUCCCGAUCUACUAAAGGUAGCCCUGGAAAUAUUUACCUACGACAGAUGCAGACAGGCAUACAAAAAUUUACAAUUGAAAUUGCCCAAUGGAAUCCAAGAACGUUCCCAGGUGUGCUGGGGUUCGCAAACUGAAGAAAAAGACACUUGUCGGGGUGACUCCGGAGGACCUUUGCAAAUUGGUAGUAAGAACAUUUACUGCAUGUACGAAAUAAUUGGAAUUACGUCUUUGGGAAAAGCUUGUGGAUUUGUGAACAUUCCCGCAAUCUAUACUAGAGUUUCCUACUUCGUUGGGUGGAUAGAAAGUGUUGUCUGGGGAACCUGAUUUAGUUUCCAUAUGAUUGUGAUAUAUUUAGAUUAUUGUAUUUCAUAAUAUUAAUAAUAAUAAAAACAAAAGUUGUUACUUAACUAAAA